AAAGAAACGGGUCGAUUGGGAUGCGACCCGAUCAUCUCAUCCAUUUUCAUCAUCGAUAUCAUAUCUCCGAUCAUUUCACUCUUGAACUUAAAAAUCGGUUCUUCAACCAUAAAUCCACACUCAUUUCAAACAAUAAUUCUCGACCUGCUGAUCGGAAAGCUUACUCAAAUCAAGAAUCAGAAAGUUUAGGUCAACAAUGUUAUUGGAGCCUCCGCCGUUCCAAGAAUCUGCACGCUGCGACGUCUGUAAAUGCAGUUUCAACACCUUCAGACGACGGCAUCAUUGCCGAUGUUGUGGACGAACCUUGUGUGCUGAACAUUCAUCAGAUCAAAUGGCUUUACCACAAUUUGGUCUCCUCUCACCUGUUAGAGUUUGCUCAAAUUGUUAUAAUGAUGCAUCUCGGACUGGAAAUUCUGAUGGAGCUGCUUCUGUGAAUGGAGUAAAUUCUGUGACAGAUUCUGUUUCAAGGCUAGAUAUUAGUACACCUUCAAAUUCCAAUACAAAUCAAACUGCUGCUGUAGAUUGCAAGUGUGGAAUGCCUUUAUGUAUUUGUGAGGUGCCUUCAAAUGAUGAUGUGGCUCCUGUGCAGCCUAAACCCUUCCCCACUUCCACAAUUCCCAGUAUUUCAAAAACAAAGAAAGCAGACACAGCACCAAGGAGUAGAGCCUCUUCAUCUAGCAAAUACAGUGGACAAUCAUCCAACACUGAGUCAGAAAAACCACUGGCAAACUAUGAAGUUAAUGGAGAGGGGUUACGUGAAGCUAUAAAGAAUGGCGACUUAUUUUCUGUCAGAAAGCUUCUUCGUGAGGGAGUGGAUGCAAAUUACUGUGACAAACAAGGAUUAUCUCUCUUGCAUCUGGCUGCGGUUUUCAACCAAACUGAGAUAGCUUUCACACUCAUGGAAAAUGGAGCAAGUUUGGAUUACAAGAACUUGCAGGGGGAAACGCCACUUGAUUGUGCUCCUGUGACAUUGCAAUUCAAGAUGAAGAAGAAGAUGGAAGAAAUUAAACAAUCCUAAGUAAACAUCAAUAUCAUCUUUCGACCUCAUUUCCUAAAACUUUAUCUGCUUCUUCUAUGAAUUAUGUGUGUAGUUCUAACUUUUGGAGACCAUUCAUGUUAUAUUUUAUCUUCAUGUUCACCCAAAGAAGCAAAAGAGCCGAAAUAAGCCAAGGGAAAUUUAUGUAAUCUUUAUAUGUCGAAAGUUUUUUUAAGGGGGAAUUACGUUUGAUGUGGUUUUAUUAACAUCCAAGACAAAUCAUUUUGUACAUGUGUGAAUAUCAUUCGAACCUCCUAGAUACUAAAUCAACAACAUCACUAGAUACUCAACACCACUUAGAUAGCAAAUUAUCAACACUAC